AUGCGCCCCACGGGUGGUGUUAAACGCAAAUACCCUUCCUUAGAGAUUCUUAAACGCGUCCGGGAAGGAUACCAUUUGGAGGCCUCGGUACCACUGGGGCAUAAAAUCCCCCGGACGGAUGAACCAGGGGACGUUGUCACAUCCCAAGUGGAGCGCUACGCGGCGUUGGCCCACGGGACCGUUCGCAUCCACCGGGGGAUCUCCCCGGCCUCUCUAUUUAUGAGCCUACGGCGGGCCCCCGUGGGGGUGACCUGUGCGGACACCGGCCGUUACACCCUGGUCUUUCUGAAGCCCUCCUUUUGGCUGACCUGGUGGCCCGUCGAGGCGCGGAACUGCCGGGCUGCAACCCAAACGCACACGACCGUGUCGCUCGAGGAGAGAGUCCGGCUUGGGGUCUUUCAUGAGCCUGAGAUCCCAACCCCGGACGCGUUCCCCUCCCCAUCGGAGGUCAAGCGGUCCUCUUACUGGCAGAAGGAGGACGAGGAAGAAGGGAGGGGAGAAGACCGACCAGGAGCGGUACCCACGACGGAAGCGCCCAGUACGGAGUUGUACCACUAUGAGGCGUCUCGAUUUACUAAGAUCUCCCACCCACCACUCCUGGAGUAUGGCUUAGAUUCUUUGAACUUGGUGAGUGAGCUUACACCAAUGCUCCUCGCGGAAUGUCUUGUGAAAAUCCUCAUAGAGGAGUGUUUUCUGACGGGUGAUAUCGGCCGAUAUUCUUUCCUGUACCGUGGAUGUCACUUGCUCAGUGAAAGUGGCUUCCAGAUGUUGUUUUCGAAUUUGUUAACGCAAUGUGUAGCUGGCGAUCAGGACCAAUCCCAACCCAUACGGGUUUGUGUAUUUUCUAAAUUUUGA